UUGAGGUGGCAAUGGAAUGCAUUCAUUUCCUAUCCGAAGAUGCGCAUGAGUACCUAGCUAAAAUUCCCCCCCGUCAUUGGUCUAGACAUGCAUUCACGCAAAACUGCAAGUCCAACAUGCUUUUGAACAACUUGUGUGAGACUUUCAAUGCAGUGAUCAAAGAUGCUAGAGACAAACCUAUUCUCACUCAAAUGGAGUGGUUAAGACGAUACAUGAUGAAAAGGAACAAUGACAAGUGGGAGGCAGCAAAGAAAGUUGAAGGGAAGUUCAUGCCUUAUGUGCAAACUGUGUUUGAUGGACUAGAGAAGUUAGCUAGGUCAUGCAUAGUGCAACAAUCAAGAGAUGAUAAUUAUGAAGUUCAGUUAAAGGGUGAUCAAUGUGUGGUUGACUUAGAACAAAGGACUUGCAGUUGUUAUCAGUGGGAACUAACCGGGAUACCUUGUGUGCAUGCUUUUGCUUGUAUGCUAGAAAAAAGAGUGGAUCCAGAGUUGUAUGUUCACCCUUAUUACUCUAAGGAGACAUACCUGUUAGCAUAUGAGUCUCCUAUUAAGCCUAUGCCUGGACCUAAACAUUGGGAAAAGGUGAACAUGAGACAACCACUCCCACCUGCAUUCAAGGUUCAACCCGGAAGACCCAAAGGAAAGAAGAGAAAGCUUGAAAAGGGAGAAGGAAAAUCUCAAGUUGCUGAUGAGGCUAAGAAACCAAAGAGGAAGAACCAAUGCAAGAAUUGUGGUGGUUUUGGGCAUUAUGCCAAGACUUGUAAAAUCCCGUCUACAACGGAAUCAAGAACGACAAUGACAAAUGUCGGUAGACCACCACUGCAAACUCCAUGGGUCAAAGAACAAAGGAAGAAAAAUGAAGAAAGGAUUGCAAGGAAGGCUUCUUCUCAAGGGGCGGGGCCAAACAGCAUCGCUAACAAGACUUUCCCCCAAGAAGUAGCUAGGCAAGCAUCAACAAGCACAGCACCUCCCCCAAGAAACCGAACUACUUCUAAGCUUUCAUUAGUUAGGAGCACUCAAUGAUUAGAGCUAGGUUUCUCGGGUUUUAGUUGCGUAUUAAUAUGUAUUUUAUUGGGAAAACUUAAGAGAAAAACUUAGUUAUGGUAGUUAAUGUAUGUGCCUAUUUAUGGCUAAAGACAAGAAGAUUUAUUUAUGUUAA